GAGCCACACCCAUUGGUCACCGCCCCGCACAAACCCUACCCUUUCCAGCGCUCCCAAAUCGAUGCAGCCGCCUCCCCUCUCCCUCUCUUCCUCCCCCAACGCGCCGGCCGCCUCCACCUGCCAUACCGCGUCCCCUCCCUCUCUUCCUCCCCCAACGCGCCGGCCGCCUCCACCUGCCAUACCGCGUCCCCGCUGCCGCCAUGGCCUCUUCAGGAGGCACGCCCCUCCAUGGUGCGAAGCAGCAGGCCAGGAUCUGGAUGAGGAAGAGGAGAUCCGGGCGCCCCAACGGUGGAUGGAUCGAUGCGAGGUGACGACGAGCUCCUCCGGACGUGGGGGGCAGCGAGGCCGGAGAUCCAGUCGGCGCAUGCCCAUCAGGGUCGAAGCUGCAGCGCUCCGGUCCCCAAGCUGCCUCCAGGCUCGCUUCCUCCUCCAUCCUCGGGCACGGAGGCAAGGUUCUCCGGCGGCGGCGGGAACCUCCAGGCAGAGAGCGACCCCUCGUCAAGGAACUUCCAGAUGGGAUUUAGACAAGGAAAAGGAGACCCAUGCGAAAUCGAGCGUCCUGGUGGUGCCUCGACCAAUGCGGGUCGACGGAUAGCACCGGUGAGCGCGGUGCUUGGUGCAGCGAGCUGGAUAGGCGGCAGGAGAGGUGACCAUGGGUGUGGCUUGGGGAUUUCCGCAUGCAUCAAGCGACGACGAGUGCAUCCAACGCCACCAUGCUGCUGGUCCUGGGGAACAAGGUAAAAGAAGGAAUAGAACAUUGGAGAAAAAGGCAGCAGGACGGAUUCUCUAAGCUUUCUCAAAUGUUUGAACAAUUAGAAGAUAGUUACAAUCAUUUUUCUCUUGCCUUAUUACAUCUUGAUGUUAAUAGGCUUUGGAAGGUACUAUGCGCCCCGUUCAAGGUUUACAGAAUUUUCACCAUCCUAUUACAGUUUGUUCUGAUGACAUAAUUGACCAGUUCUUCCUUGAGUAAAUUAAUAUUGUGGCUGCUACUCCUUUGUGCAUUGUUACAUAGAGUUAUAUAAUUGUGAAGGUGUGUACACAUCAACAUAAAA